CUAGGUUCAUAUGUCUUACUUUAUACAGAAUUCCUUGAUUCCUUUGGCCACAUGCUGUGCUUGGAGGAGACCUCCAGCAUCCACUACACAGUUCCUACACUAAAGCAAUACAAGGUAGGAUAUCUGAACAAAGUAAAACCAAGGCGGAGGAGACAAAGGCAUGGAGGACAAAAGCUGGAUGUGAACAAGGCAUAGUUAUGAAUGGGUUCUUUGAAAACUUCGCCAUUGGCAGGGAGGGCUCUUUUGUCCAAACGGUAACAAAAACAUAGCUCAAAGAAAUAUGGCCACUACAUAAUGGCAUUUUCCCCUUACCGCGGUCGUUAUAUGAUAUUAUCAAAGAACCGGGAUGGAUUUGGAUGUAUAUAAAUAGGAUCUCGAUGACCUUCUCAUGAAGUCCUAUUCCCUACUCAUUCCAAUCCAAAGUCUACCUCAGCAUUCAAAUCAACCACCAUCUACUACUUACCACAACCCAAGAAAAGUCCGUUCGAAAAUGCCAAACGCAUUCUCCCGCCAGAUGCAGCAGAGGUACCCUCUGACGAUCCUUGACCUCUCCAGAACGGAGUUGAAAUUGCUAAUUGAAGUCCUCAGCUUAGAGAGUCUGAUCACCUUCCCCAAGCAAUCCCGCCGGGAAGCAGACAAGAUCGACCUGGACAUCCAGCGCGAGAUCAAGAGACUCCCCGAAAACCUCUGCGGCAAGUUCAUGCUGCGGCUUGUGCCCAAUGCCCUCAUCCGCGCCGCGGUCCUCUGCGGCACCCACAGAGGCCUGAACCCCUACAUCAUCAACCAUAUCUUCGAGCUCGUGAAGCGCGAAGUCACCGGCCACAUCGACAUCAUCACUGACAACGCCGUGUCCCUGAAUACCCAGAUGACCGAGCUCCUCCUGGCAAUCAAGUCCAUCGAGGCCAUGUGGUGGGUUCCCUCCCCGGCCAAGCAUCGUCCUUACCCACCGGGGAACGUGCACCCGCAGGAGAAUAAAUGCGAGGCCUGUGUGCUGGCCAGAAUCGUCCAGGACCUGGGGUACAUGGAGAACCUGCGGGCGACGCUGCUCAGCCGGACCCGCACGAGGUCCAGACACCGCGCGCCCAAGCUGCUCGUUUUCAUCGACACGGCCAUCAACGGUCUCGAACAGGGCGCGUUCCGGGUUUUCACUAAUAGCUCGGAAAUGGCGUUCGUUUUGAAAGCUGCCCGGAAGGAUGCUGUGCGUUGUCUGCGCCAGAGACAAGGCCAGCGUCGGGGUCGUCCCGUCGAUGAGCCUCCUUUCAGUGAGCAUUCUCUUAGAUCCCAUUCUAUUAUUGUCUACCUUGACCCGCACCUAGCUGAAGCAGGACAAGCAGGAGCAGGGGCGGCCAUGAGCUUCGACACCGUCGUGGAUGAGGUGAUUAGCGCGUACGAAACCCAGUCUCAGGGCAGAUCCGAGGAGGCAGGCAUGGGAGACCAUCCAAGCUAUGGAUUUUGGGAUGAUAGCUAUACUUCUAGAAAUCUCUCAAUCCAGAGCUGGGACCGCGAUUCUGUGUCUUCCACUGGACCCCCUCCGGGAGCCCGCCCCAUUGACGAGGACGACGAUUUGGUCGAGGAAAUGGAUAACAUGGCGUUGGCCACCACUACCAAGUAUGGAGCAAAUAGCAGUAGGAAGCGAGCCCCUAUUGGAAGUGACAACGUCUACCAUAGAGAGAUGGAGGAGUUUUCUGAGACCGAGUAUAUCAGCUCCUGAAGAGGGGGAAUUCGCCCAGGCCCAA